CUUGCCGCUUUUUGGCGGCUACAGAGGCUUUGCGGAGGGUCACGGAGCCUGCAGACAUUCUCUGCAAGUGCUUUGCACAGUGCCGCCACGAAUUCUCGCUUACCUUGCGCGAACAGGUAGUAUUGCUGAGGCUGCCAGGUGCAGCCACUGCGCAUGCGAUUGAUUUCAGCGCAGUGAUGCGCCCGAUCCUCCUGGUCGUAUGCGCGCUGCACGCGUCACAUGCACUGCAAGCGCCGCGGCCGCAAUGCACGACGUCGCUGCAAACGCCGCGGCCGCACCGCGUGACGUCGCUACGCGCGAGCCCACCAGCAGAAACAGAGGAGGCGCCGACGGCGCAAUGGCUCGCCAGCCUCGCGCUCGCCGGCGCGGCACUAGGUCCCGUCUGCGACAACUUCCACUCGGCGGCGGGCGUGCUGGGCUACACGAAAUAUCAAAUAGCGCUCGGGCCGGCGCCGGACUGGUGGGGCGGCGGCCACCUCUUCCAGACGGCGUAUUGGGUGCCGCCCCUGUUCGCGCUCGCGGCGUUGAUAAUAGGCGGCAUCGACGCGGUCGUGAGUUCACAAAGGCCGCCGCCGGAAAAUCUCGCGGCGCCGAGCGGACGGCGCGUCGCGGGCGCCGUUGCGGCCUUCGUGGCGCUGUACGCGUUCUCGGCGCUCCUCGCGACGGGCCUCGCGCCACCGACGGAGGCACUCGUGCUGUGGCCCCUCGCGCUUUUGCUCUGGAAAACAAAUGACCCGACGCUGGCCUCGUUCGUCGCCGGCGCGGCGACGGCCGUCGGUGGACCGGCGAUUGAGGUAGCGUUGCUCGGCGGCGGCGGCCUCUUCGCCGAGCCCUUCGGCCACCUCUACGCCUACGGCCGCCCGGACGUGUUGGGCGUGGAGUCCUGGAUUUUGCCCGUCUAUUUUGCUGGCGGCCCUGCCGUGGCGCUUGUGAGCCGGUGGCUGCGGGGGCGGCGGGGCGGUGGUGGUGACGGUAACGGCUAAGUAGCCAG